AUGGCGGUGGCACGGAAAAUCAAAACUUUGCUGACUGUGAACAUAUUGGUAUUUGUGGGUAUAAUCCUGUUCUCGGUGUACUGCAGGAUCCAGGACAGGUCCCAGGAGCUGGUGCAGAUAGUGAGAAGUUCUGACCGGAGAGUGAGAAGCAGAAACACUAAGGUUGGAUCCUUGGUGGAUCGGGAGUCAAUAUUACAAAGACUGGACCAUCUGGAAGAAGUAGUUUAUAACCAACUUAAUGGCUUAGCUAAGCCAAUGGGGCUUGUGGAAGGACCAGGGGGACUAGGACAAGGUGGGAUGGCUGCCACCUUGAGGGAUGACAGCCAUGAAUCUGAGACCAAAUAUGAGGAAUAUGGUUAUAAUGCCCAGCUCAGUGACCGCAUCUCUUUGGACAGAUCAAUUCCUGAUUACCGGCCAAAGAAAUGCAAGCAGAUGAGUUUCCCUGAUGAUCCGUCUCAGAUUGCUGUGGUCUUUAUCUUUGUGAAUGAAGCUCUGUCUGUAAUCCUACGGUCUGUGCACAGUGUGGUCAAUCACACCCCAUCUCAUCUGCUGAAGGAAAUCAUUUUGGUUGAUGACAACAGUGACAAUGUUGAACUAAAAUUUAACUUGGAUCAGUAUGUGAAUAAGCGUUACCCGGGGUUGAUAAAAAUUGUUCGUAAUACCAGACGGGAAGGUUUGAUCCGAGCCCGGAUUCAAGGAUGGAAAGCAGCCAGCGCACCAAUCGUUGGCUUUUUUGAUGCUCAUGUGGAAUUCAACACCGGCUGGGCUGAACCCGUCAUUACACGGAUAAAAGAAGAUCGCAGUAGAGUCAUCUUGCCUGCUAUUGACAACAUUAAGUAUAAUACAUUUGAAGUGCAGCAGUAUGCAAAUGCUGCUCAUGGAUACAACUGGGGAUUAUGGUGUAUGUACAUUACUCCCCCUCAGGAUUGGUUAGAAAAAGGAGACGAGUCAGCCCCAAUCAGAACCCCAGCAAUGAUCGGCUGCUCUUUUGUGGUGGACAGAGCAUACUUUGGAGAUAUUGGAUUGCUUGACCCUGGUAUGGAAGUAUAUGGAGGAGAAAAUAUUGAACUGGGCAUGAGAGUAUGGCAGUGUGGAGGAAGCAUGGAAGUAUUACCUUGCUCAAGAGUCGCUCAUAUUGAACGCACAAAGAAGCCUUACAACAAUGACAUUGACUACUAUGCAAAGCGCAAUGCCCUGCGUGCUGCAGAGGUGUGGAUGGAUGAGUUUAAGUCCCAUGUGUACAUGGCUUGGAAUAUACCCAUGACGAAUCCUGGUGUAGACUUUGGCGAUGUCUCAGAGAGGUUGGCCCUAAGACAGAAGCUGCAAUGCCGUAGCUUUAAAUGGUACCUGGAGAAUGUUUAUCCAGAAAUGAGAGUAUACAAUAACACUAUCACAUAUGGAGAGCUACGCAACAGCAAAGCAACUGGAUACUGCUUAGAUCAAGGAUCAGAAGAUGACAACAAAGCCAUCCUUUACCCCUGCCAUGGAAUGUCCUCACAGCUGGUACGCUACAGCACCGAAGGACUUCUCCAGCUGGGACCCCUGGGAUCCACCGCAUUCUUACCAGAUACAAAGUGUCUCAUUGAUGAUGGGAAGGGAAGGACUCCUACUCUGAAGAAAUGUGAUGACAUCCCAAGGCCUACUCAAAAACUCUGGGAUUUUACACAGAACAGUCCAAUUGUCAGCAAAGAUACUGGUCGCUGUCUUGAAGUUGAGAUGUCCAAGGAUGCUAAUUUUGGACUCCGAUUAGUUGUACAGAGAUGCUCAGGGCAGAAAUGGAUAAUAAGAAACUGGAUAAAACAUGGACGCAAUUGA